AUGAAUCACAAGAGCAUGGAAAAACAGAAUAGACCGAAGAAAAAAGUUGAAGUGGGUGGCAACAAGGAGAUCCUGUCUGUUGUGACGGACGGAGUGGUGUUCGACAAAGCGGUCUUCCAAUCUACCCAAUCUGCAUCAGGUCUCGCCGAUGUAGAGGAGGCCACACCGGGAGCACCGGAUGCAAUAGAUUACCCCAACAGACUCACAAGUGAAGUGUUGCCUCACCUGGAAGGACUGUUUGGGACCCUGAAUGAUGGGGUGCCUGGUGGAGUUGUGGUUAGCACAACACUUUACAGAACCAGCUACCUGGGUUCAAUUUCUGCCGCUGCCUGUAAGGAGUUUGUACAUUUUCCCCGUGACCACGCGGACUUCCUCUGGGUGCUCCGGUUUCCUCCUACAAUCCAAAGACAUAACAAUUGGAAGAGUUCAACCGCACAACACCAAUCAAAAAGUAAGCAGUCAGCCUCUGUGAAUGUAAUGUUAGAGUGUUGUGAAAAAUGUCCGAAAACAUCACUACGACACGCACAUACUAUCGAAACUUGCUUAAAACUGGCACCAAAGCUGCAACCACCCACUCAAAGGAACAUCACACCCCUGGCUAUAUUGGAUGCAGGAAAAUUUGAAACUCUUGAUUUCUUUUUAAUGAUGCUUAUGUGUGAUGGCAGAUUCAACAGCGACGUUGGCAGCAGUGAAGGAUAUAUCUGUGCAAGAAAAUAAAACUUCCUACACUACAAAGUGUUAGGCAAAGAUUUUCUUUGCUUACCUAACAAAUAAUUUUAACAUGACAACCGUGCCGAGAAAGGUAUCGGAUUCCCUUUAUGCACCAUCUGAAUAAAAGGAAAAUGCACAUCUGUUGUCUUUCCCUCACCGUGCUGAAGAAAUGUCUGCUUAAUCUACAGUGUUAACAUGCUUACAAAGUUAUAGCUCUGUACAAACCAGCUACUUCUUCAUUUCUCUUGAGGAAAUAAUGGAUUCCGAAUAAACUGCAAUACAUUUCAAAGUUCAAACUAAAUUUUAUUAUCAAAGCACAUAUAUGUCACCAUACAUAACUCUGAGGUUUCUUUUUCAUGUCAGCAUAUUCAAUAAACCUAUAGAAGAAUAACUAUAACAGAAUCAAUGAAAGACCACCCAUCUAGGGUGUUCUAGGUGUUCUAGGGAGUGCAGAUGACAACAAAUUGUGCAAAAACAAAAAAAAAGAUAAAUAACUAAGCAAUAAGUAUCGAGAACAUGAGUCCUUGAAAGUGAAUGUAUAGGCUGUGGGAAUAUUUCAAUGGUGCGGCAAGUGAGGUUGAGUGAUGUUAUCGUUUUAGGUUCAAGAGCCGGAUGUUUGAGGGGUAGUAACUGUUCCUGAACUUGGUGGUGCGAGUCCUGAGACUCGUGUACUUUCUUUGUGAUGGCAACAGUGAGAAGAGAACUGAAGAGAGUAUGAUCUGGGGGAUAGGGGUCCCUGAUGCAGAUGCUGCUGUCCUGCGAUACCGUUUCAUGUAGAUAUACUCAAAGGAUGGAAGGACUUUACCUGUGAUGGAUACCAACAUCUAAUCCAAUGAUAAUUAUUGCAGAAAGCACUUAUUAAAAACAUUAGUGGAACUUUUUUGAUUACCCCUUGUUCACACAUAAAGGAAUAUAAAUAAGCUUGAAUCAACAGGUUUCAAAACAAGGGAUUCUGUAGGUAUUUUCAUUACUUCCUAUGUUGGAACUUCUUUUCAAAAUAACCAGUCCAUUAACACAAUUUAAGCAGAAAAGCAGAAACAUUUUUCAUAAUAUUACAACUUGAAUACUCUUUGCAGAAGUUACAUUUCUGUCAAUAUCGCUCUGACCAAGUACAGGUGUGUCAGGGAAAAAAAGUUGUGUAAAUUAGAUAAAAUGCAAUUUGAAGUAUUGGGUUAAAGGUUUUGUUAGAUAAGUGUAUCUAAUUAUAUUCUCCUUAAUCUUUCGUUCUCCUCCAUGUCCUCUAUGAAUCAAAAUUUUCUUCAUAAAAGCCACUAAGUCCAAUUGUUCCUAUUUGCUAACAAAACAAUGUGCUCCUUAUCUCUAGCUUGCAUAGCAACAGCAACACAAAAAAAGGACUGUAUUAAAAAAUACAUGGAAAAGUUUGCAGACAUGCUUUGCAGAGGUGAACAAAGUGAAAAUAAAUAGAAUAGUUAUGCAACUAUGAAGAAAAAAGUAUUUUCCAAAGAAUCAUAAAAAUAAAGACAAUGCCCCAGAUCAAAUGUUUACGUCAAUUACAUCAAAAACACUGCUACUAGGAUAUAAUUUAGAGUCAUAAUCAUAGAAAAGUACAGCACAGAACAAGGCCCUUCACCCUAUCUAGUCCAUGCCAAAACAUUUAAACUGCUUAGUCCCAUUGAUCUGCACUGGAUCCAUAGCCUUUACCAUCCAUGCACUUAUCCAAGCUCCCCCUGAAUGUUAAAAUCAAAUUCGCAUGCACCACUUGUGCUGGCAGCUUGUUCCACACUCUCAUGACCCUCUGAGUGAAGAAGUUUCCUCUCAUGUUCCUCUUCAACUUUUCAACUUUUCACCCUGAACCCUUGACCUCUAGUUGUAGUCCCAUGCAACCUUAACAGAAAAGGCCUUGCUUGCAUAAACCCUGUCUAUAUCUUUCAUAAUUUUGUAUAUCUCUGUCAAAUCUCUUCUUAAUCUUCUAUGUUCCUAGGAAUAAAGUACUAACCUAUUCAAUCUUUCUUUAUAACUCAGAUCUUCCAGACCCAGCAUCAUCCUUGUAAAUUUUCUCUGUACUCAUUCAAUCUUAUUUACAUAUUUUCUAAAAGUGGGUACCAAAAACUGCACACUAUAUACUCCAAAUUAGGCUUCACCAACAUCUUACAAAACUUUAGCAUAACAUCCCAUCUCUAGUACUCAAGAUUUAUGAAGGACAAUAUGCCAAAAGCUUUGAUGUUUCUGCUUUUGAAUUUUGGAAAAUAGCAUAAACCAAACUUCAGUAGGUAGACCCUAGCCAUUUUGAUUUUAUACUGAUGUUGGAGAAUGUUGUGAAGGAGUGUCUCGUGUUGGUAUUGCAUAUGUAAUGUGCUGUAAGGAUUCACUGCUAAUGUAGUGACUUCUCUGUAAUGUUUCGCUGCUAAGGCUAAUGAAAUGCUUUCUCUGUAAUGUUCACUGCUGAGGUAAUGGUUUCUCUGUAGCAGCAAUGUUUGGGUUAUGGCUGGAGAUAACAGGACUGUCGUAUGCAUGUUAGCCAAUCAGGAGAAUGUUGCUCUGUCUUGUGGAUCUUGAAAGAGACUUUUUUGCGGUCUUUGGCUGAGGAGAAAUAAAGAGGGAAGACACAUGUGGAGAGAGCUGAUAGACCACUGUUUGGAGUGGACUGGAAUCUGAGGGCCCAAAGGUCGGUGACACUCGGAGGAGGUCGAUGGUGGAAGAAUGGCGAAUUCGUGAGCUCCAAUUUGCACUUUUGACUUUUCCUUGAAAUGGGCCCUUUUUAUUUUCAUUACUAACUCUAUAUUCAGAUUAAGAUUCAUAAAGAUCAAUCAUUUAAUUGCA